AUGUUUGCCUGCACAAAGUUGAAUCAGUCAAGAUACGACGCCACAGGAACACAAGACCAUUCAGAUCACGAAUGCCAAAGUCAGGGGGUCAGGAGCUGUGGAGAAUGUCUGGCAGCCGGGCCACACUGUGCUUGGUGUACUGAGGAGACUUUUCUAGAAGUGGGCCAGCCCACAUGGGAGCGCUGUGACACCGCCAGGCAGCUGCUAAGGAGGGGAUGUCCUCUAGAUCGCCUGGAGGAUCCUAAAGGUUCCACCGUCCUUCUAAAAAACAAGAAGAUCACCUUUCACCCCAAAGAACAAAGACAGAAACGGUGGCACAAGCAGGUGACGCAGCUGCAGCCUCAGAGCGUCCUGAUGCAUCUCAGGCCAGGCGAGCCCCAGAGCUUGGAGGUGAAGUUCAAGCGCGUGGAGGACUACCCCAUAGACCUGUACUACCUGAUGGAUCUGUCCUUCUCCAUGGAGGACGACCUGCCCAAUGUCAAGAAGCUGGGGGCCGACCUGAUGGAAGAAAUGAGAAACACCACCAGCGACUUCAGAAUGGGCUUUGGCGCGUUCGUGGACAAGACGGUGAUGCCGUACAUCAGCACCGCGAAGGGCAUGCUCGCAAAUCCCUGCAAGAGGACCAAGCCCUGGCCCUGCGCCCCUCCGUUCACCUUCCGCCACGUCCUGAGCCUCACCGCCAACGGAAGCCGCUUCGCAGAGCUGGUAGGGGGGCAGCGGAUCUCCGGUAACCUGGAUUCGCCGGAGGGUGGGUUGGAUGCCCUGAUGCAGGCCGCCAUGUGCGAGGAGCAGAUCGGCUGGAGAAAUGUAACUCGGCUGCUGGUGUUCUCCACAGAUGCUGGUUUCCACUUUGCUGGAGACGGCAAAUUAGGCGGGAUUGUGCUUCCCAACGAUGGAAAGUGUCACUUGGAAGAAAACGUGUACACCAGAGGAAACGCUCAGGACUACCCUUCGCCGGCUCACGUCGCCGAGGCACUGAGACGGAAGAACAUCCAGAUCAUCUUCGCCGUCACCGAAGAAGUCACGCACCUGUACGAGGGCCUGAGAAGCGUCUUCCCAAAAUGUGCGGUCGGAACGCUUUCCAACAACUCCCACAACAUCCUGCAGAUAAUUGUCGAAGCAUACAAUGCGCUGACCUCUGAAGUUGUUAUGGAGAACAGUAAGCUGCCACCGGGCUACUCCGUCUCCUAUACUUCCCGCUGUAAAGGCGGCGGGCCGAGGCACGGCGAACAGGGGAAGAGGUGCUCCGACAUCUCCGUAGGUGACGAGGUGAGCUUUAAUGUAAGCAUUACAGCGCCUCGGUGUGUGACUGCUUCACAAAGACCAUCCCGUGUUAUUAUUAAGCCCCAAGGCUACGGCGAAGAGGUUGAGGUCCUGCUGAGCCCCAUAUGCGAGUGCUCGUGUCAAAAGGAUGUGGUCCCACACAGCCCUUCAUGUAGCCAUGGCAACGGCACUCUGGAGUGCGGCGCGUGUAGGUGCAACCAGGGGAGAGUCGGGGCCUUCUGCGAGUGCGAUCGAGAGGAGUCGGGCGAGGCGGUCGAGUCGCACCUUUGUCGCCGCGGUAAUGCAUCAGAGGUGUGCAGCGGGCACGGAGAGUGUGUUUGUGGGAGGUGUGUUUGCGGAAAGAGCAGCAAAAAGCCCAACAACUACGGGCAAUUCUGCGAGUGCAGCGAUUUCGGCUGUGAUCAGCACCGAGGCAUGCAGUGUGGAGGCACAGAAUGCCCAUCAGGUCCAAAUGUGAUCCUGAUUACUGCAGUGCUAUCAGGCUCUGUUGUGGUGCUGGGUGUGGCUUUGUUGCUGCUAUGGAAACUACUCACCAGCAUCCAUGACCGCAGGGAGUUUGCCCGCUUCCAGAGAGAGCUGGAGCAGAGACGCUGGAACAGGAGGGACAACCCCAUCUACAAGAGUGCCAUCACGACCGUCGUCAACCCGAAGUAUAAAGAACAGUGA